AUGCCUAUGAGUGCUUACACUAUCGGCGAUGCCCCGUCCCAAGAAGGCUUCUUUGGCCCCCUUACCUCGUUUCUUGAGCAUCUGUUGGCCGCUGUGGCCCCAGACGUCACGACGUCUUUUCUUUGGCGUCUAGUCGGAAUGUAUUUUUGUGCUGUACGCAAGACGCCUCGACGCCGCGAUCGAGCAGUUGACCGACUUUUAUGCACUCUUCCCAGCACUCUUUCCAACACUCUUCUCGACCAGGAUGUGCGACCUGCCGGAGGUGAUGGAGCCGCGCCGCCCGCCAGAACGCUGAAGUCUAGUACCAGGUAA